AAGACCCAGACAUACCACACACAGCAUCACAACAAUGGGGGAAUCUAUGGAAAACAAUUUAGGUAAUUUCAUCAUUUCCCUCAACAGCGGGUGUCCCAAAGAACUGGGGGAGCUCAUUGAAAAAUCUAGUGGAGACGUCCGAAAAUUUGAUGAUACUGGAUUUACGCUGGCUCUUCAGAAUGGACUGGAAAACCUCAGACUGGAGAAGUCCCUGACAGAUGUAGAUCUGUGUGUUGGAACCAGUGUGUUCUCCUGCCAUCGCGUUGUACUGGCAGCAGCCAGCAAUUAUUUCAGGGCCAUGUUCUGCAAUGAUCUGAAGGAAAAAUACGAAGAAAAUAUUAUAAUAAAGGGAGUGGAUGCAGAAACCAUGGAGAUUAUUUUGGAUUAUGCGUACACAAGCAAAAUAGUGAUAACAAAGCAAAAUGUGCAAAAAAUAUUGGAGGCCGCCAGUCUUUUUCAAUUCAUGCGCAUGGUCGAUGCUUGCUCCAGUUUCCUCACCGAAGCACUUCAUCCGGAGAAUUGUGUUGGGAUUUUAAGACUAGCUGAUGCUCAUUGCCUGGAAUCUUUAAAACUGCAGGUUCAGAACUACAUAAUCCAGAACUUCUCCCAGGUUGUUAAUCAUGAGGAAUUUUUAGAACUACCAUUUGACAUUCUUUAUCACAUUCUAAGGAGUGAUGAGCUUUAUGUAACUGAAGAAUCACAAGUGUUUGAGACUGUCAUAAACUGGGUGUGUUAUAAGCAAUCUGAAAGAAUUUCACUUGUGCCCAAAAUUUUGGAAUGUGUUCGUCUUCCCUUACUGGACCCCUGGUAUCUUGUGGGUACAGUAGAAGCCAGUGCAUUGAUAAGGCAAUGCCCUGAUGUAUUCCCGUUACUGCAAGAAGCUCGAAUGUACUAUUUAACUGGAAAUGAGCUCAAACAGAUAAAUAUUCCGAAAUUUAGUCAACUGAACAGUAGUGUUGGGCUCGAUGUUCGAGUCGAAUGCGAGUUCAGCUCGAACAUUGGCAGGUCGUGUGUUCCGCGAACACACGAACUGUCAGGGUGUGGAAAAGAAACACAGAAUGACGUUUGGAAAUAUAACUCUUCCAUCAAUAAGUGGAUACAAAUAGAAUUUCUCAAUGUGGGCAGGUGGAGGCACAAGAUGGCAGCACUGUGUGGCAAAGUGUAUGCAAUAGGUGGCUUUGAUGGCAGCCAGAGAAUGUACAGUGUUGAGGCCUAUGAUCCUUUUCACAACUGCUGGACAGAGGUAAUUCCACUUGUGUUACAAUCAGCUGUGUUCCAGUACUCAUGUGUUAAAAAAAAAGGAUAUGCUUAUGGGAUAUGCUUAUAUAUGGGCUGUGCUCUGUGGCUGGAGGGUCAAACUUGGUCAUUAAGAAGUUUUGCAGAGAUUUGCUUAGAGAAUCUGUGGAGAUCUCUGGAAUCCAAUAAAUUAUGCUAUUCUGCUGGUCUGCAAAGCUAUGAACCUCUGACGUUAUGUAUGAGUUACCUGAUAACACAUUUUUGCUUUGUAGGUGGUGCAAUGAAAGCGCUGUAUUCAUACAGCCCUCUGGAAGAUACUUGGUGCCUGGUGACAAGUUUUAGCCAUGAAAGAGCAAGCUGUGGAAUAGCUGCAUGUUGUAAUAAAAUAUUCAUCACAGGUGGAAGAGAUGAGAGGAAUGAGGUCAUUGCCACUGUUUUGUGCUGGAACAUUGACAUAGGAAAACUGACUGAAGAAUGUGUCCUCCCCCGAGGAGUCUCCCAUCACAGCAGCGUUACAAUAAGGAAAUCCUAUACCCACAUCCGUAGGAUUGUCACUGGAGCUGUUUCCGUCUAA